UACACUUGCUACCGUGAAUAUAUAAAUAACCUACUAUACAUAUAGAACCUUGGUUCCCUUGCGCUACUUUCCCUUUAGGAAUGAGCUGCUUUAUAACUAGGGUUUCUUCUUGACUUCUUUGUUGCAAUCUGACAUAACAUACGCAGAUUCAAAAUUUAAUCACGGUCUAGAAUAACUUACAGAACUCAGCUUUAGAUCCACGUCUUCAAGAUGGGGAGGGGUAGGGUUGAAAUGAAGCGGAUCGAGAACAAAAUAAGCAGGCAAGUUACUUUCUCAAAGAGGCGGUCAGGUUUGUUGAAGAAGACACACGAGAUCUCUGUGUUGUGUGAUGCCGAGGUGGCAUUAAUUGUCUUCUCCCCCAAAGGCAAACUCUUUGAGUACUCCACUGAUUCCAGCAUGGAAAGUAUCCUGGAAAAAUACGAAAGUUACUCAUUUGCCGAGAGGAAAUUGAAUGCAAAUGACUCUCAAACUUAUAAGGAAAAUUGGACUCUCGAGUACCCAAAGCUCAGGGCAAGGACUGAACUUCUGCAAAGAAAUAUAAGGCAUUUUAUGGGAGAGGAUCUGGAUACCUUCAAUCUGCGAGAAUUUCAGGGUUUAGAGCAACAGCUCGAUACAGCUCUCAAGCGAAUACGAACCAGGAAGUCAUUUAGAGUAUUGUUCAUCUCUAGACUCGUGCAUUGUGCUCAACAAGUCUGUCACUUGAAUUUGCAGAACCAACUGAUGCAUGAGUCCAUUUCCCAGCUGCAGAAAAAGGAAAAAGAGCUGCAGGACCGAAACAACUUAAUUUCCAAGAAGCUGAAAGAAAAUGAGAAGAAGCAAACUGUGCAACCGCAGUGGGGGCAAACAAAUCCAGGCCAAAGCUCUAUGACUUUCAUGCUACAACAACCUCUAUCACAAUCUCCCCCAGUCCCUAAUCUAACAAUUGGCGGUCCUUUCCAAGCAACGACUUUCACGAGCACGGACGAAGGGCAAACUCGCCUUGGUGUUAAUACCUUGAUGCCUCCAUGGAUGCUCCCUCAUGUCCACAACAAAGGUUAAAAAUUGAAAACCCCUCACUCUACACGAGUAUAUAUGAAUAUAUAAUUGUACGGCUCUGUUGUACGAAUUGUAAUCUAUCUGUAAUACCUGCAUCUACUUGCUCAAUAUGGAGCAGAGAUGUGGAGCUAACAAACAGCCUUAUAGUUUUUAUGACCUAUUAAAACUGUCUCCUC